AUCAUUUACAUUUAUUAUCGCGACCAAUUAGAAGCUGAAUAAUAAGAACAGAAAAGAAAGAAAAAAUCAGAAAUCAAGAGGAAGGAAGGAAGGAAGUUAAUGGCGAUGGCUCGUAGGACGAGGAGGAAGAUAAGCAAGGAAGAAGUUAUGGAGAAGCUUAAGGACGACGGCGAUUUUGACAGUCUCCGCCUCCAAAUCAUACGCCGCCUCAAGGAUAACGAGGAACUACGAAACAGCAUGAUAUCAGUUGUGAAGGAGUCAAGAGCUUUGAAUGGAGGGGAUGCUCAAAACAUGAAACCCAGACAACUCUCUGAUGCCAUAUUCCAAGAAGUCGGGAGCAAGAUGUUGAGCCAGCUCUCAGAUGGACUGUGGGAGAUAAUAAGAUCAGAAGACGGGAUGAAGAAGGAAAUCAGAGACACCGUUCAAUCCGUCUACGCUACAUUAUCAAACCCUGGAGGCGGACCAUCCACGUCAGUAGAGGUCCCAAAAGAAGAUAUCAAGCAACCCAGGUUUGAUCCAUCAAGUAAACAGAAGCAAGAACUGAUUCAAGGAUCAGUAGAAGAAAACAAAGGAGAAGCAGCAUGUAGUAGCACUAACAACGAAAACUGUGAUGAUGAUGAAGAAGAUCCUGAACUCCCUCCUGGUUUUGGCUAAAUAUGUAAUACUAAUUAGUAUUCUUUUUUCUGCUAAAUUUAGAUGAUGUUAUGUGUAAGAAAGAUAAAUAGCACCAAACUCAAAUCUUGUAAGAACAACCAAUUUAUUCUGUUAUUUAAAAUUAAAAAUAUAAAGGCA